UUCGGCAAGCAAGGUUUCCAGUGUCAAGUAUGCAGCUUCGUGGUCCACAAGCGAUGUCACGAAUAUGUCUCGUUUACCUGCCCCGGAGCCGACAAAGGAGCAGAUUCAGACGAUUCUCGGACGAAACAUCGGUUCAAGGUGCACACAUACAGCAGUCCAACAUUCUGCGACCACUGUGGAUCACUACUAUAUGGGGUGAUCCACCAGGGCAUGAAAUGUGAAGCAUGUGACAUGAACGUACACAAACGCUGUGUGGAGACGGUUCCUAACCUAUGUGGCUGCGAUCACACGGAGAGAAGAGGGCGAAUUGAACUGAAGAUUAUCUGUGCUGGCAACAAAUUGACUAUUGAAAUUCGCCAAGGCCGAAACCUAAUUCCAAUGGAUCCAAAUGGUUCAUCUGAUCCAUAUGUAAAACUCAAGCUCAUACCUGAUACAGACAGCAUAAAGAAGAAAACAAAGACAAUCCGUUCCUCUCUGAACCCUGUUUGGAAUGAGACAAUAACAUUUGAACUGAAGCCAGAAGACAAGGAUAGGCGGCUUCUGAUAGAAGUGUGGGACUGGGAUCGAACUUCACGUAAUGAUUUUAUGGGCUCCCUGUCAUUUGGCAUCUCUGAGCUCAUUAAAGCACCAGUUGAGGGGUGGUACAAACUCCUGACACAAGAAGAAGGAGAAUUUUACAAUGUCCCUGUACCUGAGGAGGGUGCAGAUCUUGCUUCACUGAAAAAUCAGAUGAGAAAAACUUCCAUUACAAAGAAAGCACCUCCUCCUUCUGACAAAGAUGUACCACACAAUAUGGGAAGGAAGGAUGUCAUACGUGCUUCAGAUUUCAACUUCCUCAUGGUUCUGGGGAAAGGCAGCUUUGGCAAGGUUAUGUUAGCAGAAAGGAAAGGAACAGAUGAAUUGUAUGCAAUUAAAAUACUGAAAAAAGAUAUCAUCAUUCAGGAUGAUGAUGUUGAAUGUACAAUGGUUGAAAAGCGAGUGUUGGCCUUAUCAAGCAAACCACCCUUCCUUGUUCAGUUGCAUUCCUGUUUUCAGACUAUGGACCGCUUGUAUUUUGUGAUGGAAUAUGUGAAUGGAGGAGACUUAAUGUUCCAGAUACAGCAGUGUGGUAAAUUUAAAGAACCUGUUGCUGUGUUCUAUGCUGCAGAGAUUGCAAUAGGACUAUUUUUCCUUCAUGCUCGAGGAAUUGUAUACCGAGAUUUAAAACUGGACAACGUUCUUCUGGAUCAGGAUGGACAUAUUAAGAUAGCUGAUUUUGGCAUGUGCAAAGAAGGUAUAACUGGUGACAAGACAACAAAGACAUUCUGUGGGACGCCAGACUACAUAGCACCAGAGAUUAUUUUGUAUCAGCCUUAUGGGAAAUCUGUGGACUGGUGGGCUUAUGGUGUAUUGCUGUAUGAAAUGCUUGUUGGACAGCCUCCAUUUGAUGGUGAAGAUGAAGAAGAACUUUUUGCUGCAAUCACUGACCACAAUGUCUCAUAUCCGAAGAGCUUAUCAAAGGAGGCAAAAGAAGCAUGCAAAGGGUUUCUUACUAAGAACCCAAUGAAAAGACUUGGAUGUGGGACAAGUGGAGAAGAGGAUGUCAGAGGUCAUGCAUUUUUCAGAAGGAUUGACUGGGAGAAAAUUGAGAACCGUGAAGUCCAGCCUCCUUUCAAGCCAAAAAUAAAACAUCGUAAAGAUGUCAGUAAUUUUGAUAAGCAGUUCACAUCAGAGAAGACAGAUCUAACUCCUACUGACAAACUGUUCAUGAUGAAUCUCGACCAGACUGAAUUCAUGGGCUUCUCAUUCUUAAAUCCAGAAUUUGUGCAGCAUGUGUAAAACCAGUUUGACAGAUGUCUGUUUAUGGUGAAAAGAGAGAUGCGCCUACCUCCUUGUUGAUGGAAGAAUACUGUUAGAAGAUGAAUGUUCCAUGUCAGGUGAACAGUGUGUCUGGAUACAUGUUCCACUUCUCAUUCAAACCUUCUCAUGGUCUUCCUGGUUGGUUUGAGCUGUGUACACAUGCCAGAAGCAAUAAAAGUAAGAUAAUUAGAAUUGA